AUCUGAUCUAUCUUAUAUCGCAAUAUUGUUGGCUGGAACUGUUGGCUGGCUUGCUGUUGGCUGGCUUAUUGUUGGCUCACUUGAUAUAGGCGCGCUUAUUUGAUUCCGCGCGAAAUGAGAAUGUAAACAAGUGGGGAAUUCCCUGAGGUCCAUGUAGUACCCCGUGCGUGCAGGAUGGUUCAUUGCAUCCAUCAUAGUUCAUGCAUUGGACAAGUCGACAGCUGUGGCCUGUGUUUGAUUCGAUUCUGAAGACAGCGCACGGUUUAGGAUUAGGAAUCGAAUCUCCAAACAGUUGACAGUAGAGCUAGGAUCAGUUAAGAAAGAGAGAGAGAGAGGUUUAAAGACAAAUCUGGACUGUAGGCCGCACAUCUCAUCACCAUUUACUCUAGCCUAGGAGUCUAGCCCUACUACUAGUACUACUACUCUAUAGUAUACUAGCCCGUUAGGCCGAACUUAGGCUACGCGUGUUCGGGCUGCUGCCGCAUUAUUAGUUCCGAGUCGUGAGCUCCCUCCCCCAGGAUUGAAAUCUACCCUUGCUUCCACGUCAGGCUAGGCCGAGGAAAUCAUCAAUCAUCAUGGCGUCUACGUCAACAUCAUCGCGUGAAGAAAUAACAUUUAAACAGGGUACCAUCCAGCGAUUAAUACAAAAGAAUUGUAAAGAAGAGAAGACAAAAAUAAACAAAGAUGCACUGGUGCUUAUUGUGGAACUGGCUCGCAUCUUUGUUACUGAAGGAGCUUGUAGGUCAGCACAGCAAGCCAAGUCUGAGUCUGCUAUGGUGGUUGAACCAAGACAUUUGGAAAAGGUUCUUCCUCAGCUGCUGUUAGAUUUCUGAUGGUCCAAAAUCUAGUGCAUCAGAAGUGAAGGACUUUCAUCUGUUGCUCUCCAUGAAAUGCACCUGUUCUACAAACAUUCUUCUGGAAGGAAAUGAUACUGAUAAACAAACUUUCUCCUGGAAGGAAGUGCUGCUGAUCUACAAACUUUCUUGAAGGAAAUGCGAUCUACAAACUCUACUUGAAGGAAAUGCUAUUGAUCUACACACUUUCUCCUUGUAGGAUAUGCAACCGAUCUACGAACUAUCUUGAAGAAAUGCAACUGAUCAAGAAACUUCUCUUGAAGGAAAUGCUAUUGAUCUCAAAACUUUCAUGAAGGAAAUGCUUCAGACUGAUAAACUUUAUUCUUGUGAGGUCAGUCAGAGUCUCAGGGGUCAAUAUGAAGAUGGAAGUUAUUACUCUUAGCUGCAAUGCUAUCAGCACUGUAUGUAGUCGAGACCUGUCUUAUUUUUCAUAACGACCACUGCUGAUAUUAUAAUUUAGCACAGCGUUAUACUGAACACAACAAUCUCUUGUAAGAUGGCAUGCAGGAGACGAUCUCAUGAGAGCUGUCAGACAGCAUAUGCUGAUGGAACGAUCCCCCGAAGAGUGCUUCAAGAAGCAUCUCGUCAGUGAUUUUCACCGACUAAUUUGCUCUGAGCCAAUCAGAUGCAAGAAUUUCGGUAGCUUAUAACAUUAGUCCAUGAAAAUCACAAUUAGCUUCAUGAAAUUGCUCCCUGGGUCUCAACUCCCAUUUCUUAUUUGAAUGGCCAAGAUUAGUUACACUACCGUGUUGAUCGCUGCUAAUUGUAAUGGGCAACCCAUUGGUUGACACUAUUUUCAAUAAUUUGUUUUUGUUGAUGUUGUUGAUAUUGGCCAUAACAUUAGUAAUUUAUAAGUAGACAAACUUUUGAGACAUUGAAGCUGAAAUGUCUAUAAUUUGCCCAAUCCAGUGAAUUAUGUUUUCAGGAAAUGCAAAAUAACCCAAUAUAUGCUUACAUUAUAAUGAAUACCAGUAUACCAGCCACAGAGUUAGCAAACUCUCAUAAUUUUUAUAUGAAAAAGAAUAAUUUAUUAUGAUUUGUCAUGUGAUAUAAAUCAAUAUAAUUUCCAAUUAAUCUCACAAUUUAUACAACCAUAAUACAAAGACUAUAUAAAAAAGUAUAGUUUGUCUUUAUUUACAGAUACUGAAACUAAACUAAAAACAGGAAAAGUAGAUCUUGUGUUUUUCUCCCUGAUAUGCUUUAAAAAGAUUUGUCAAUGAAUAUAAUAAAUACCAAUAUAAUUUCUGAUCAAUACAAACAUAAUAAACUGAUUUUAUAAAAAGUAUAGUUUGUCUCUAUUUACAGAUCUGAAACUAAAAAGCCAAGGAAAAUAGAUGAUGUGUUUUCUUCCUGCUUUGCUGUAAAAAAUGGAAAGGUGUAUUGCUGUAUAUAAUCCUUUUAAAGUGUACAAUAUGUAAGAAAUACAUACAACCAUUGACCCGUCUUCUAAAAAUAAAAUGUUAUCUUCACAUCUGUUUUAGUUUAAUCCAAUCCUCCAGAUAUUAUAUUUUUAAAACCAAACAACAAGAACAAAAUACCCGUCAGCCUCACCAAAGCUUUACUGUACUUAUCAAGUCAGACUCUUACAAAGCAUGACAACGAUGAGAGAAAUGUUACCCUGAAUGCCCACAGCAUUUAAACUUAUUCAUGAAAGGUACUGAAUGGGAUGACAUUACUGUAGUUAUGUGAUAAAAUUCAGCUUUAAAACAACCAUUCUGACUUGUCACUUGUCAGUAUUAUGAACCAAAUGUGCAUGCAACCAUCAUCUUGAUUGCACAUUGCUAUGUUUGUGAUUGAUCACGUUUCAUAUGCUCGAUAUAACAAGGUAAUUAUCAGUACAUGAAAGAAACAACUUUUUUUACGUUUACUCAAUACGAAGAUUUCGGUACGUACAAUUCAAAUUAUACAUUUAUGUAGAGAACACUGUACUUUAGAUGUACAUCAGGAAUAUUUAUCAGACUUUUUACUUGGAUGUAUGUAUCUUCUAUUUAAGUUGACCUUGUUAGGAUUUUUUUAAGAAAAAACUACUGAGUUAUAGACAAGUUUACCCAUCUGUGUAUAGUGUUCUUUUUUGGUUCUUGAACUUUUUUUUUUUUUUCUAUUAAAAUCAGGUGGUAUCCAGAUUCUAUACCGUGAAUACUAGUUUCACUUGCCCCUUGAUUUACACAACAGCAAAUUCUACUGUUUUCUGUACUAUUCAUAAAUAUUUGAGUUUAAAUAUACUGUUAUUGCUUUUGAACAUAAGGUGUGUGAAAAUUUGUAUUUUCUGUUUUGAGGUCUCAAAAGUAUUUUAUAUACUGUACAGUAUUAUUGCUUUGACGAAAGUACAAAGGCAUUACAGAGUAUUGGAAUAGAAUGACUUAAUGAUGAAAAACAAUAAUUCUAAGAAUGUGAAAUCCAAACUCUGAAAAAGAUAGGAAAUUUGUCUAUCAUUCUAAUAGUAAAUUAUGCGUGGUAACAAUAGACGAGUUGAAUGUCACACUGAUUAAGAACAUUAUUCAUCAGGUAAUAUAUUUCAAGCAUUCAUGAACAUGUAGAUAUAUUCCAAUGAAACCUGUUUAUAAACACCACCUACAUGUAAGCAGAGAUGUAGUUGACACCUUGUCCAAAUUCUGGCAGUCUAUGGGAGAAGGUACUCAAAAGUACCGGCCUAGACUAUAUCUCUGAGGUAAACAAGUUAAUGGUGUUUUUGAGGUUGCCUUUAAUUUUUUUGGAUGGAUCCCUGAUUAAAGGAGAAUGAAACCCUUGAAACCAGCUGAAUCCAUAUCAAAGAGAAAAAUCAAAGAAACAUAUUGUUGAAAGUUUGAGGAAGAUUGAAUGAAUAAUAAGAAAGUUAUGAGCAUUUGAAUAUUGAGAUCACUAAUGCCAUGUAGAUCCUCCCAUUGGCAAUGCGACCAAGAUCUGUGAUGUCACACACGUACAACUCCCUCAUUACUUUAGUACUUAUUUCACUUAUAUUCUCACUUUUAUAGAGUCUAUCACAAGGUGAGGUGUUCUCUUUAUGAGAGGACAAGUACAGAGGUUUCACAACAUUAUAUCAUUAAUGAAUCGUUUGUCAUAUGAUUAGAAUGAGCAAAAAGAGAUGUUUUGGGGUAUAUUUUCAGUGUCCAAAAGGGGAGAGUUGUUCAUCUGUGACAUCAUAGAUCUUGGUCGCAUUGCCAAUGGGAGGAUCUCCAUAGCAUUAGUGAUCUCGACAUUCAAAUGCUCAUAACUCUUUUAUUGCUAGUCCUAUUUUACUCAAACUUUUGUUGAUCUUAUUCUUUGAUUUUCUGCUUUCACAAAAGCUAACUUGCUCCAAGAGUUUCAUUCUCCUUUAAGAGAAACGAAAAUUGUGGUCUUUAUGAACAGGUGGUCCAUCUAUACAGAUGGGUGCUGAAGCAGAUUUGACUGUAGUACACAUAGUUUAUGACCUUUAUGUUUUUGCCAGACUGGGAUAUCAGCCUUCUUGUUUGUGUCAGUGUGUACGAGUGCGGAGAACAUUUAAUCCAGCUGUUCUUUACUACACUGUAUUGCUUUUGUUUACUAAGUACAAUUAUCACAAUUUUUCUUAUGCAAGGGAAAGGUUUUUUUUCCAAGUGUUCUUUUGAACUUGAUGGGACAUAGAUAUAUUGUCAUAAGGAUACACUUUCUUUAAUCUACAUGUAUGAUAAAAAAUGACUAAUAAUAAUCAUGAAUGAGAUGGGGGAAGAAAUGACAAUUGUAGCAAUCUUACAUUUUGUGAAGUAAGCUUUGCUCAUUACUGUUUGAAAUGUGCUGAUAUAAAUACGAUGUUCCUUUAAUAUGAUGACAAUUAAACUAUAUAAUACUACAUGUAAACCUGCUUCAGCAACGAA